AUGAAUCCUCCUGAAUUCCAUGGUGGGUUGAAUCCUGUGAAGGCUAAUGAGUGGAUAACCAACAUGGAAAGAAUUUUUCAGAUAGUGCAUUGUAGUGAAGAGAAUAAGGUUGUAUUUGCUACUCACAUGAUGAAGGGUAUGACUGUGAGAUGGUGGGAGAGUGCUUCGACUCUUAUGACUAAUCAAGGACUACCUAGGGAUUGGGAGCAUUUUAUGAUUACUUUCCUGGAUAAGUAUUUUCCUAGCUCUUUCAGGACUCAGAAAGGAUUUGAGUUUCAGAAGCUUAGACAGGGUAAUAUGACAGUAGCUGCGUAUGCUGAGAAGUUUGAAGAUAUGGCUUCUUAUUCUAGACAAGCCGUGUACGCACCAGAUGAGAGGUGGAAGAUUGAUCAGUUUCUUUUUGGUCUAAGGGGUGAAAUUUAUCAUAGUGUUUCUCAAAGGGAAUUCACUACUUAUGCUGAAUUGUUAAGGCAAUGUUAUGUGACUGAGAACAGUUUGAAGAAAGUUCAAGAAGAAAGGGAUCAGUAUAGGAGUGGACAGAGAGACCAAGGGAGGCCAGGUAGCCAAUUUAGGCCUAGACCUUAG